AUGGCUGGUUAUCCAAAUCCUUUAGGUGGUAUUACAAGAAGAUUAAAUCAAACAACAACAAUUCAUUCAACAUCUUUUAAAAGAGGUUCAUAUUUAAAUUUUGGUAAUAGAACUGCAAUUAUUAAUAUUCCAAAUACAAAUAAAUUAAUCAUUUGGAGUUCAAUUCCUGUUGGUAAAGAAUUAGAAUCUGUUAUAAAUGAAGCUUCUAAAAGUUUAACAGGUGAAGUGGAAAUUAUUGCAGGUAUUAUACCUGAUAAAGAACAUACAAUGGCUGCAAUUGAUUUGAAAAAAAAAUAUCCAAAUAUUUUUUUAAUUGGACCUUCUGGUAUUACAGAUAAACCUGAUUUAAAAUUAGAUUAUAUUUUCCAAGAUUCUGAAGCAAAUCAAAUUGUUAAAGGUUCUUCAAUUUUAAAAGAUUUAAUUAAUUUAGAUUUUAUAUUUUUAAAUGGUCAUAUAAAUAAAGAAUUAGUUACAUUUGAUAAAAAUACUCAUACUUUAUUUGAAGCUGAUUUAUUAUUUAAUAUUCCAUGGGAUGGUAAUAAAAAUCCUGAACAAUAUCCAAAUUUUAAUCAAAAUUCAGGUAUGUCAUUCUUAACAAGAUUUUUAAAUUCAGAUUCAACAAUUGGUAGAUUUUUAUUAAGAAAAUUAAUCCCAAUUAAUCCAAAUAAUCAAAAAGGGAUAAAAGCAAUUUAUAAUGAAUUUGAAUUUGAUACAAUUGUUCCAUCUCAUGGUGCUAUUGUGGAAAAAAAUGGUAAAACUGAAUUCCAAAAACUUUUCUGUACUUAUUUAUAA